AUGACUGAAGAGAGCUUGUUUGGGAGAUCUAGGAAAAAAUGGAGGGAGCUCCGGCAGCGUGGGCGAUCUGCACGGAGAAGCCCUCUGCCAGCUACAAACCAACUUUUCACGCCUCCAUCGUCAGCUCGGCCUUCUCCAUCGUUAGACUCUCCGUCAGCCUCAGUAUCGCCUCCUCCACUAAUUGAAGCCUCGACGCCGUUUACUGCGGUAUCGACACGGGAGAUUGCAGCCGAACAACAGGAUCCUCCUGUAAAUCUUUGGCAAAAAGCAUUCGAAAAAUCAAGCAAUGGUACCAAGAAAUGGAUUCGGGAACAUAAUCUCGACCUUUCAGAGCAGGCGAAGCCGGAGGACCAUAUUAGAGAGAUCACUCGCCUUAUCGAAAGCAACACAUUAUGUACAGAUAAAGAUGGCAAUUCGAAAAUCGAUAUUGGAUUUCACAAGAUUGUUUUCCGUGAAUAUAUUGCAGGCGUUGUUGCAUUUCUUACCAUGGCGGGCGAUAUUGCUAUAAACUUCGCGCCACCACAAGCCAGCGCACCUUGGGCUAUUGCGAAAGGAAUUCCAGUCAAACAAAGCGACCAGAUGGCAGCCCUUGCUGGCACAGUCCAGUGUUUUAUUCGUAUAGUUCGCAGAGGCCAGUUAUAUGAGCUACUGUAUAACACAAAAACAACUGAUGAAAACGCGGUGCUAAACUUGCAUGACGCACUCUUGGAUUUAUACAUCGCAGCAACAGAGCUUCUGGCUCGGUCUGACAUCCUGAUUGGAAGCGGGGUGGCUAAACAGACACUCAAUGCCAUUCUAAGGCCAGAGCAGGCUACAGGGCUUGUUGCAGACUUGUUUCAAAAGGAACAGAAGCUUUUACAAGAAAUUCCAGUCUGUGAAGCUUCUCGAAGUGAAAGAGCGGGUAGACAAGCCGAUGGGAAAUCAAGAGAUUUGCUCUCCAAGUUAAAUAAACUGUCGUCACCACUAAUGCGAAUUGACGAGGGAGUAACAGGCAUUCGACAAAUGAUUGACGAGGACCGACUCCAAAAGCUUCUGGAAUUUAUCAGCCCAGAAGGACAUGGGAAAAGUCACGGCGAGAUUGAAGAUUCGAGAAUCAACAAUACAGGCGAUUGGUUGAUAGACCAUGAAGGGUUUCGCGCCUGGCAAGCUAUUCCUUCAUCAUCCACGCUCCUGUGGCUCAAAGGAACCGUUGGCACCGGCAAGACAUAUCUCACCUGGCGAGCGAUUGAUUACGUGAAGAAGACAUUGGCAGAAAUGUCUUGUGACGAAGGAUUUGCUUUUUUCUACUGCCGAAGAUCAGCAACUUCGCUACAAGACCCUCUAACUAUCCUUCGAAGCUUUGUUCGCCAGCUAUUUGACAAAAAAUCCGAACAUGGCUACGAUCGCUUGAUCCAGAAAUGCGAUAUGGCAAAGAAAGAAGGGCACAGUCUAGGCUUGAAGGACUGCAAAGAGCUGAUUUUGGAAUUUAUUAAUCUCUAUUCAAAAACAACCAUUAUUCUGGAUGCUUUGGACGAAGCUAGCUCGACGAGUACGAACCACAACCUAGCAGAGAUUCUCAUUGACAUGAUGGAUAAAGCCAAGAAACCGGUUAAAAUAUUCAUAUCCAGUCGUCCAGAUCGAGAAUACCUACAGUCAUUUGAAUCUACUGCUACCAUCACUGUCGAAUCCAGCAAUCAACAAGGUGACAUUGAAAAAUACCUGCAGGAGAGACUUUACUCAACUUCAUCAUUUAAACAACGCCAAGCGGAGACUCGGGAGUUAAUCAGAAAUGCGUUUUCUUCGCGUAAUAGCAGCAUGUUUCGGUGGGUUCAUCUACAGGUCCAAAGACUCAAGAACUAUACAUCUCACGAUGCAGUCAAAUCGUGGGCCAGUACGCUGCCCAGCACUUUGGCCGAAGCGUACGAUCAGCUUUUCGAUGAUAUGAGAAAGCAUAACGAAUACGAUGUGGCUUUAGCUGAGCGUGCUAUUAAAUGGGUGCGAUGUUCUAUGUUGCCGCUUCGCUCCGAGGUUUUAUUAGAAGCCAUUCGCUAUUCUCUGGACGGGUCAUCAGUAGUACAAAAAGAUAAACAGACCGAACAACAAAUAUUAACUCUGUGCCGAGAUCUUUUAACAAUCGAUCCAGACAAACAGGUGUGGGUGCUGCCACAUGCUUCUGUGGCUGAAUAUUUUGAACAGAAGGGCAUAGCUCGGUCGGAGUGCGACCUAUUUGUUUCCAGGAUAUCACUUCAGUUGCUUAUGGACUUUAAAGGGCCUCCAAAAAUAUCGACUGGGGAUAAGUACAACCCAAACCCAAUUUCAACCUUUGAAAAAUAUAUUGUUUACAACUGGUUUGAACAUGUUGGGCAAUACGAUGAAUGGCUGGGCCUUGCGAUAUGCGCAAAUCCAGACCCAGAGCUUGUUAUAGUCCUCAAACGCUUUCUCGGAUCGCCAGAAAAAAGCAGUGAUUGUUAUAAAGAGUGGGUUGGCAAUCUUAGAAAUGUCAGUGGCAAAGGGUUUGCUUUUUGGGGGAGGGAGGGGCUAUUGCCUGAUACUAUGGCCUUAUUCGCAAUGUGUCGAUAUGGAUUUUAUCACACCCUGCGUGACUGGUGGGAGGGAAACGAAAUCAGCAAGGAAAUGGCGCUUAAACAGUGCGAAGCCGGUUACACAUCGCUUGUGCAUGCAGCCAAGAGUGGAUGUGUCCCAAUCGCCGAACGGUUAAUAGGCUUAGCUGGCACGGAUUACCCUCCUUCCGACAGAUACAAGGCGAUGCAAGAGGCGAUCGCUCAGGAAAAUAAGGAUAUCGCAGCACUGCUGGUGGCAAAAGGGAGAAUCGACAUCAACGCUAAAUUCAGUACCAGUGACGAGACCAGUGUCUAUACCAGAACUAUCGUCCAAGAAGCAGCGACAUUCAUGCCUAAAAUGCUCCGGUGGUUGAUAGACCAAGGCUGGGUAGACGUAAAUAGGGAGGCUGAUACAGAAUAUGGCACCCCCUUGAUUGCAGCCGCCUCCAGCCGUAAUCUACAAUCAGUCGAGAUUUUGCUCAAGGCAGGUGCGAAUGCAAACGCAGCCGUGGGAUGUGGGAAAUACUUCUUGUAUGGCAGUGCUCUUGUUGCAGCGGUACAAGGUAGGACUCUGUAUGGCGAUCAAGAAAGAACCUACAUGUUCCAAAUCAUCCAAUUAUUGCUUGAAAAUGGCGCAGACCCCAACCAGCCCUUGAAAUCUGGCGCAUACGGCAGCGCACUCGAAUUCUUUGCUGACCAUGUAGAAUGGAGUACCGAACACAUCAACAUUGUUAAUCUCUUGCUCAAGUCUGGUGCUGAUCCGACCAUAGUAUUUGACAGAGGAGACCAUGGUAGUGCACUUGCCGCUGUUGCCUUCUUUGGGCAUAAAGAGCUGCUCGUUCCCAUGAUCGGCGCCACUACAAAGAGCCAGGCAAUUCAGUGCCUCCGCUUAAGUAGACAUCCAGGCAAAUACAUCGAUUUUGGUGAAAAGAGAGCCAAUAGAUUGGUGAAAAAAAGAGCAGAAACCGCCAAAUAUCUUGCCGAUGAAAUAGGAGUGGAUGAAGAAACACUCCAUAAAAUCGGCCUGUGGGAUGUCACGCCCGAGGUUGAUAAAUAUGGCGAGUAUGUAUUCACAUUCAAAUAAGAAGGGGCUAGCUUUCUAGAAUAAAUCUUUCAAAGAUAUAAAAUAGAAUCGUAAGAGUCAAUACUGCUAUCAAAAAGACAACAAAAAAAAACCUAUUCUAAUAGCAAAAAAGCCGCGCAGGCGCAACACCAAUGAUAUAAGAUGCCUUUUAUACAUCAACGUUAAAAAAAGAAAAAAGUGAACCUCUCUCCCCCCCAAAAGGAGAAGGGGAAAAAAAAGCAACAUGUAUAAAUAGAGGAAGAGAGAGGGGGGGAGAGAGGAAGGAAGCCAUUCAUAAUCCUGGACAGUAUAUAUAUCUUGUCCAAGAAAUGACUCGAGUUAUAAAAAAAAACAACGAAUAAAUUAUUU